AUGUAUGUAGCUACAUUUGUCAGUCGUGGUUUGAACUUCGGCGGGAACGGUCGCUAUGAGAGAGAAAUGGAUGUAGAAAAAACAUCAAGUUCCCUCAUGCCGAAGGAGGAAAAGGCGGUUAUUGUGCCAGGGAAUGGAGUCGGGAAGUUCCUUAUACGGGAGGACACGAUCCUGGCAGGCCUGCCGGGCUGUGCAGGCUGUGGCAGAACACAGUUGACCUGUGCAGGUGUCAAGAAACAAUGGUCGGCUCUGUGCUGGGGUAAACAGUCGGAUAAAAAGUACUAUACAAUGCUAGUUAUUCUAUCAGCUACAUUCGCUUUGAGCUUCAUAGGCACAAUAUUCUUCUGUUUUACAAACACACUCAACGAUGCCAUAUUAUCGAACAUGGUGAUAAAAAACAACACAUUAGCGUAUUCAAUGUGGCGACGUCCGAGCGUCCAGCCACUGAUGAAAGUCCAUGUCUUCAAUUACACCAACUGGGAACGAGUGAGGUCGGGUCUGGAUGAAAAGUUAAUAGUACAGGAUGUUGGACCUUUUAUAUACUCUCAGCAAAUAGAACGAGUGAACAUCAGGUUCCAAGGAGAUCAACUAACCUUCCAAGAGAGGAACAACUUCAGAUUUCGUCCUGAAAAAAGUGGUGCAGCCCAUUUCGAUCAAAUCUACGUGCCUAACCUGCCUCUCCUGGGUGUUAUAGCCAACGUCCUCCACUUACCAACCCUGGGUCAAAUAACGGUGCAAUCGACCCUGAAUUUUGCUGACCACAAUGAAGCCUUUUUAAAACUACCAGCUCAAAGGUUCUUGUGGGGUUAUGACGAUAGAAUUAUGGACCUGGCCAGACCUUUUCUGAGCAUCGGAGCACAAUUUCGUUACGAUAAAUUCGGACUUCUUGUAUCUAAAAACGGCACCGUUUCUGAUCGAAUAACCAUAAACACUGGAGAGAAGGACAAAGACAAGAUGAAUAUUAUAGAGAAGUUCAAUGGUGACGUCACGCUGUCUUAUUGGGGGAGUUCCGAGUGUAAUAGUAUAACUUCAUCUGAUGGCACAAUAUUCCCUCCAUCAUUAUUGGAUAAGAAGACAACUUUGUACGUGUUCAACUCAAACAUGUGUAGAAGAUUACCAUUUGACUACCUCAAAGACGUUGAAAUGGAGCAAGGCAUUCGUCUGAUGAGGUAUGGCCUGCCAUCAAAUGUAUUUGACGACCCACAAAGCAACCCUGACAACCAAUGCUACUGUGAUGUAGACAGCGGGACUUGCCCACCGAGGGGAAUUAUUAACAUCACUGCAUGUUCUAUGGGUGCUCCACUUGUGGCUUCAUUUCCUCAUUUCUACCGCGGGGACCCCAAACUUCGUGAGGACAUCCAAGGACUGACUCCCGAUGGCAAUCUACAUGACUCCUUCAUAGACAUACAUCCAACCCUUGGCAUCGCGUUGAAUGGCAGAUCAAGUCUACAACUGAACAUCCAAGUACGAAAAUCCGGUGUGUUUGGCGCUCUCAGCUUUCUGCCCGAAGGAAUUAUACUACCAGUUGCGUGGAUAGAAAUGGCUCUCGAAGAACUACCAGAGAGUCUCCAAUCAUUGGUCUACCACGGAACCUUUUCAACAGCGGCCGUACAGCUCGGCCUAGCUAUGUUCUGUUCCAUAACUCUGCUCAUUUCCUCCAUAUGCAUGCUCAUCAUGAUCAUUACGAGACGAAGGAAACCCUGCGCGACCCUCAAAAUAAUACCAGCCGAAAUUGAAAUGAAAACUUAA